AGCUCAGACUGAGGCUUUACAACAAACACAGAGAGCGUCAGAGCUGCUGCACCUGCUCUGUUGAUCAACAAGACUCUUUGGGAUAGACUUUCUCUUCAAAGAAACAUGAAACUUGAAGUUUUCUCUGCGCACCAUUACGCGCAGAAGCCGCUGGAGUUGUGCAUGGACGCAGAGGGGGGAGUCCCGUCUCCUCUUUCCGGGGACGAGCUAGGCUCUGACGGGGACUGUGUGGCCAACAGCCCGGCACCAGUCACCCAGAGCGGGGACAGCAGCAAGGGGAAGCCGUACACCCGCAGACCCAAGCCCCCUUACUCCUACAUCGCCCUCAUCGCCAUGGCCAUCAGAGAGUCGAGCAGCGGCCGCCUCACUCUGGCAGAGAUCAACGACUACCUGAUGAAGAAGUUCCCGUUUUUCCGCGGCAGCUACACGGGCUGGAGGAACUCCGUGCGCCACAACCUGUCACUCAACGACUGCUUCCUCAAGGUGCUCCGGGACCCGUCCAGGCCCUGGGGGAAGGACAACUACUGGAUGCUGAACCCGCACAGCGAGUACACCUUCGCUGACGGGGUGUUCAGGAGGAGGAGGAAGCGCAUCGCCAAGAGGAGCUCCCCCAAGGAGCACGAGAGCCCCGAGGACACCCGCCUCCCCGGUCCGGAGGAGAGGGUGGGGGCCAAGUUCUCCAGCUCCUUCGCCAUUGACAGCAUCCUGAGCACACCCUUCAAACGGAGGGAGGACAGCCACGUUGACGCACACGCCCCCCGGCUCUACUGGCCCCCUGGAGCCCACAUGUUGCCCUACGCUCUGAGUUACCCUGCGCAGCACUCGUACAGCAUGUCAGAGGUGGAGCCCGGCAGAGACCCGCUCACAUACCUGCAGCAGACGACACCUGAGGCCGCUCUGCACGCGCUCAAGGUGCCCAGCAAGGCGCGAGCGUUCCGUAUAGACUCUCUGCUGUCGUGAGAGUGCUGGCAGACUGUGUGCUUGGACUCUUGAUGUGCACUUUUGAUGACGCUGUGAGCUGUCCUCACCAUGGCUGCUGUACAUAGGCGGUUUGACCAUUAGAAAGGGCGCCAGGGGCCCCAAGGGGGCUCAAAAUAGUUAAGAUUAGGGCUGGGCAACAUGGACCAAACAUUACAUCAUGAUAUUUUCUAGCUGAAUGGUGAUAUAUGAUAGUUAUCUUGAUAUAGAAAGAAAUAAAUGAACAAUUUUGGUUUAAUUCUAGGAAAAAAAAACAAUAUUGCCAUCUUUUUGGUACCAUGACAACAAAAACAGAAGUUGCUGACAAGCAAUAUUGGACUGUUUUUCAUUUUUAAUGAUCAAAAGUUGCAGAUAAACUCCAACACAGUGUCUUAAUUGCACAAAAAUGUUGGCAACAUUCACAUAUAUUGAGGUGCUCAAAAAUUUUCCAUGCUCUAAAGAUUUGUUGUGUUUAAGAUGAUAGCAUUUCCAUGUUUUUUAAUGAUCGAUAGUAUCAGAAAGUGCACAAGAAUAAAGAUAUUUAGCUUAAAAAACGAAAAAAAGAUAGAGCAGAGUCUUAAUUGCUCAAAUAUGUUGGCAACAUCCAAAAAAAUGAGUGGCUUGUGCCAGUUCCAAGCACUUGUGCCAACAUAUUUGUGUAAUCUGCAAUUUUUGUCCAUAGAAAUAAUAAAUUACCCAACAUUGAGAGUCUAGAACUACAAUUUUUGUUGCUGUGGUAUCAAAGAGGUAUCAAUAUGACAAUAAACAACCAUCAGUUAGUGGAUAUUGGGUGUUUCAGACUUUUAUGCUUGCUGCCAUUGAUCAAAAAGUAUCAAAAUCAUUUGAAUUUUACUUUGAAUGUAAUAUCUUCUUAAUUAAGUAAAAAAAAUCUUCAUUUAGAGGUUAAAAAAGGCAGAUUACUAUCAGUGGUCCUCACAGUAAACUAUCUCUAUAUUGCACAUUUGGUCUGGCAUCCAUUUUUAAAUCAAAAUCAACAUAUAAAUGCAACAAUAUCAUCUGAUGUGAAAAUAUAUCAGUAUCCUGAUAACUGGACAUGUUGCCCAGCCCUACACCAUCAUGAUCCUGCUGUCUGCCCAUGUUUGGACUCACGAGCCCUCCUGUCCAGCUCUCUUUGUCUGUCUGUCCUCCUCGUGACCGCUGUAAUCAUUUUACAGAUGAAAACAAAACAAACAUGGCGUCAUCAUCAUAUACAUCCGACCAUGUGCUGACCGUGCAUACAGCUGCUGUCAUCACAGGACACUCCAAAGUGUGCGUGCGCAUGCGUGUGUGUGUGAGAGAAUGGUUUUGGAGCGCGUGCUUGGUUCAUUGGUCAUUUCUACUGUAUGACGGCUCAAAGUGCCACAUUUGAAACCUAAAAUUAUUCAUUUAUUUAUAUUUCCCUGUUUUGUAUGAGCUGCUGUAUAAAUAUUGUUGUGUAAAUAUAUUAAAUAUUAUUGUGUAUGUGUGUAAAUAUAAUUAUUGACUGAGCUGCAAUGAGGGUGACGUGGCUGCACUAGAAACGCAUGGAAAUGUUUGAUGUUUUUUCCUCAGAUUGGUUCGUGCAUGUCUGGUAUUUUUAUGAAUAAAAACGA